GUGUACUAGUGUUUAUUUACAUAACUCAAACACUACGAACGUAAAUGAAAAUAAGGAAGUAAAUCUGCUCCAAUACAACGUCAGUUCUUGGCAGUUUUGAAAGAAUGAAUACGAUAAUGUUUGCAGCGUAUUUCGCGGCCGCUCUGGGCCUAGCAUCAGCUCAUUUGUGUCUUAUUGGCCCCCAUCAAAGAGGAACUAUGACUGGUUUAAACAAAAAAGGGUCAGAUGAUUGUAUCUUGCUGAAAGGACCAUGUGGGGGCAGACCAUCUUCUACACCACUGGCAAUCUUGAUGUCUGGAAAGAAUACAACUGUAACAUUCCAGAAAAAUCUUGAUCACUGGGUCAAGGCAAGUCCAGGGUAUUUUGCUGUGGCAAUUAUGCAGGAAAGUAAACAGAGAAUCAUGGAUUAUAAGGAGAUAGCUCGGGUACCAGACAUGGGUGAACCAUCCCUCACCCUGUAUUCAGUAACGGGCAUGGUCCCAUCAAGGAUAUCAGGAACAGCUGUUUUACAGGUAACAUAUGUGACGAACAAUCCUGAUGCUCCGCCUGUGUUUUAUCAGUGUGCCGAUGUUGCAAUUAAUUAAAAAGAA